AUGGACGACCUCUCCAGCCUCCCACUGUCCUACGCUUCUGUCUCCAUCGGCUACAAACCAGCACACACACUCCCCCUCAAACUCGAUGCCAUUGCCUCUGCAGGUUUCCAAGCCAUCGAACUCGGCAUGCCCGACCUCGUCUCUUUCGCAAACCUUCACUUCAAAACAGACAAAAUUACCGAUCACGCCUGGGAAGAUCUAACUGCUGCCGCUCGCGCCUUGAAACCCAUCCUCUCCGCCAAAAAUCUCAAAGUCUUGAUGCUGCAACCUUUUGCCAAUUUCGAAGGUUGGGCCGAAAACUCUCCCGAACGCAAAGAUGCCUGGGAACGAGUAGAGAAUUGGACCAACAUCAUGCAAGUCUUGGGUUGUGACAUGUUACAAGUGGGUUCUUCCGAUUCGCCUCCGGAAAACAUCGGAACGGAUCGUGGGCGUUUUGUGGAGGAUCUGAGGCAGCUUGCGGAUGUUCUGGACAAGAAGGGCAUGAGGAUUGCAUAUGAGAAUUGGUGUUGGAGCACACACGCACCGGAUUGGAAGGAUGUAUGGGAGAUUUGUAAAGACGUCGACCGGGGCAAUUUUGGGUUAUGCUUGGAUACUUUCCAAUCUGCGGGUGGGGAAUGGGGGGAUCCGAGGACUCGUAGUGGCAUUGUGGAAGACGGACGAUCCCGUGAGGAAGUCACGAGGGAUUGGAAGCGUUCGUGUGCGGAGCUCUCGAACACGAUACCGAAGGAGAAGAUCUUCCUGCUGCAGAUCUCCGACGCGUAUCGAUUGAAAGAGCCGCUAGAGGCGAGGGAAAUCGAUGGCAUGAGGCCGCGAGCGCGGUGGAGUCAUGAUUUCCGGCCUUUGCCUUUCGAUGAGGGAUAUCUGCCCGUGGUGGAUUUCACCAGGGCGGUACUGGAUACCGGGUUCCGGGGCUGGUUCUCGUAUGAGAUUUUCGAUGGCGGGCCGGAUGGGAAGGGGAAGGCAUAUGAGUUGGAAGAUCUUGCCCAGCAGGCGAUGGGGUCGCAGGGGAAGCUUGUUGAGGCGGUGAGGGAUGCGUGA